AUGCUGCUGAGACAACUCCUGGCCUCGGCCCUGCCCCUCGGGCUGGCCGCCGCCCAGGUCCAGACCAAGUGCAACCCGCUCGAGCGCGACGGCUGCCCAGCCGACCCGGCCUUGGGCGCCGACCACCUCUGGACCUUUGACCACGCGCCGCCGAGCGAGCUGUGGGAGACGACGGCGGGCGUCGUCAAGUACGACGCCCAGGACGGCGCCGCCUUCACCAUCCGCAAGCAGGGCGACUCGCCCACGCUCCGCACAAAAUUCUACUUCUUCUUCGGCCGCACCGAGAUCUGGCUCCGCGCCGCCUCGGGCCGCGGUAUCGUCAGCUCCAUGAUGUGGCUCAGCGACGACCUCGACGAGGUCGACUGGGAGUUCCUCGGCUCCAACACGACGCACGCGACGACAAACUUCUUCGGCAAGGGCCGCCAGGACUUCCACAACGGCGGCGCCCACCCGAUGACGGGCAUCCAGGACGACUACCACAACUACACGACCGUCUGGACGCGGGAGCAGAUCGACUGGUACAUCGACGGCGGCCACGUCCGCACCCUCAGGGCCGUCGACGCCAACAACACGGCCAACUACCCCCAGACGCCCAUGCGCAUGAGCAUCGGCAUCUGGGCCGGCGGCGAUCCGUCGCUCCCCGAGGGCACUCGCGUCUGGGCCGGCGGCGACACCGACUACGCCGGCGGGCCGUACACCAUGUAUCUGAAAAAGGCAAAGGUCACCGAUUUCAGCACCGGAAGCGAGUACACGUACGGAGACCGGUCCGGCAGCUGGCAGAGCGUCAAGAUCGAAGGCGGCAACUCGACCGCCGCCACGUUCCUCAACGAGGAGCCCGAGAAAUCCACCCGCGAAAGGUGGCACGGCCUGUCGCGCACCACCAAGAUCGCCGUCGGCACGGCCGUCGGCACAGUCGGCGCCCUCGCCAUCGCCGGCCUGCUCCUGUACUUCCUGCGCCAGCGCCGCAUCGGCGCCAAGGAGUCGCGCCUCGCCGACCAGCGCGCAGAGGCCGAGCGCGUCGAGAUGGAGCAGUUUGAGCACAAGGGCUUCGACCCGGAUGGCUACUCUGCGCACCGCGGCGGCGGGAUGCAGCAGCAGCAGCAGCAGCAGCAGCAGCAGUAUAGUGACGACGAUGGCGACAAUGACCGUGGCUCGCAUAGGGGCGGCGGCGCCGACCACAGCAACGACGCAGACUCGUACCACGUCCCCGAGACGACGACCGCCAGCCCCCUCGGAGCCGGCUCCUGGAGCGGCUCCGUCGCCGGCAGCGCCGCGUCGAGGACCUCGGGCGCUACCCUCCAGAGCCCGCGCGUCGGCAGCCCAGCCCCGUCGUCCCACUACCGCGACAGCAACAACGCGCUGGGCUUCGACUUUGGCGUCCCGCCCCUGAGCCCCGUCCAGCAGCAGCCGUCGCGCUCCGGCAGCCCCAUGGCCGGCGCCGGCGGCGUCACCCGCGCCUCCACCCCGCUGUCCCGCUCCCAGAGCCCCGGCCUGCCGCCCCCGGGCCCCUUACCGUCGCCGCGGAGCCAGAUGCGCAUGGAUCCGGUAUCGCGAAUGGGCUCGCCGGCGCUCGGGAUGCAUAGUCCCCCGGGCCCCGCCAGUCCCGGGCGGAGCAUCUCGGAGGGCCGGCAAGGACCCCAGGGCGGGCACCAAUGA